UCGGGAUCAGACGCAUCUGUUCUGCCUUUACAGCUUCAGGAAUUAAAUUAAAAAUAAGGAAUUACAAUUAAAUUUUCAAGUGUGCUUCAGCAAUAGCCUUCUUCCAUAAGUCACGAACCGACUGCCGGAUGAAACCGUCAAGGUGGAUAAACUAGUGUACCUGAUAGCGAACUGGAAUUUGUUUGCCCGCAUCUGGAUCGCUUCCAGGAUGGGUGAAGAAGCAGGGCGGCAGAGCGAACCGCAGCAGCAACCAGCGCUGGAAGCGUACGACGAUAAGUCAGCGGAGGAGGGUGGAUUCCCACCGGUGGCGGAAAUUCAUCUCUCGGCGCUGGUGUCGGUGGGAGCCUGUUUUGCCAUUUCCGUCAUCUACGUGGCCAGCUUGUACGUGUGGCAGUCGAAACAUGAUCGUGACCACCCGUCAACGAUCAAGAGACGCUUUUUCAGCGUAUUCGUGGUGAUGCUAAUUGCACCGAUCUUCGUCAUGACCUUGUCCAGUGACGCCGUGUUCCAGAAGUAUACGAUGUGGGAGAUUAUGGGAUUCCGGCUGGAAGGACUGCUAACGGGUAUAUUUCUGCCACUGGUGCUGACCGCGGUGCUGUUUCUUGGUCCUCUGAGUGGAACGUUAACCAAUGGUCUUUGGCGAGUCUAUUCCGAACCGAUGUACUGGGUCAAUGCGGUUCAGAAUUUGAAGUGGCUACGGAACCAUCUGGUAGCACCUCUCUCAGAGGAAUUUACCUUCCGUGCCUGUAUGCUGCCACUGCUGCUACAGACUUUCCAACCACACACGGCCAUGCUCAUCACUCCGCUUCUGUUCGGACUGGCCCACCUUCAUCACAUAAAAGAACGCCUCCGGGAUGGAACCCCACUCAGGAUUGUCCUUACGGUGUCGUUCUUCCAAUUUUUCUACACCACCAUCUUCGGUAUCUAUUCGGCGUAUCUCUUCGUGCGAACCGGCCACUUUGCGGCUCCGUUCGUGGCCCAUGCCUUCUGCAACCAUAUGGGCUUUCCGGACUUUCAGGAGGUGCUUAAUCAGUCGAAACGCCGGAAGGCUAUCUUCAUCGGUUUGUACGUCCUGGGACUGGUGGGAUGGAUAGUGCUGCUACCGACGCUUGCCACCCCGAGUUGGUAUGCGAACAAUCUCUUCUGGGCGGGGGAUGUGUGACUUUGAGGGAUAUUCUGUAUAGGAGAGUAGUUUUCCAACUAAUGACGUCUUGUUUGCCAUCUUUGAGAAUAAGUUGAACUAGUUUUUAUUGAGUGGAGAUUUCGAAAGAGCUGUAGGUAAUCAAAUGGGUUAAAUCAAGGGCUGCGCUAAGAUCACUGUUUUGUUUUCGCUGUUAGUUCCUCUAGUCUAAAAAAAAUGUAAUAAUAGCCAUGCGAAUUUAGGAUAUCAACUAUGGAAGGUGAAGUUAGAGAAAGUAUUGCGUAUACUGUAAACCGCUGGAAUCAUUUUUAUGUAGAAA